GUUUUUGUUCUUUUAAUUAUUUGCUGGGCUUGGUAUACUUAUAUUAUUGAAAAUUCUGGAUGAUGUUAUUAUUAGAAUUAUUUAUCUUUUAAUUGUCCAUUUGCUUUUAUUUAUGUUUUUAUGGUCAUAUAUUAAAACUGUGAUCUCAACGAUUGGAAAGCCUUCAGAAUUGUUUCAUAUACCUAUAGAAGUUCGUGAAUAUAUUGCUGCUGCCACAAAUGAUCAUGAAUUUCGUUCAAUAUUGGAAGAAUUUGUUAAAGAAAGGAAUAUUCCUUUGUUAACUAGGGGGUAUGAUGGAGGGAUACGUUUUUGUUUAAAAUGUUCUUGUGUUAAACCUGAUCGUGCUCAUCAUUGCUCUGUUUGUGGCCAUUGUGUUUUAAAAUUUGAUCAUCACUGCCCAUGGUUUGUUUGA